GGACUCCGGGAAGGCCCCAGAGGGUAGUGACACGUGGCGACUUCGCUCAGUGUUGGUGGUUGUAGAACAUUAUUAAAGCGGCGUUACAAACAUUACUUUUUAAUUCGGUAAACUACAGCAGCGGCGGCAAACACCACUCGUCAAAGCGAACAAGGGCAACGUCGACAUUUCUUCAGCGCUGAGGGCCAGCUUGGGGAGAACCGCGUGGUUGAAGGAGCCUGCCGCACGACACGAUGCUGGGCGUGAGCAUGAAGCCGGGUCGCCGGUUCACGGUGGGCGAGUGGCACGACAGCGGCGAGCGCAUCUCGUCCGGCGCCCAGUCUCGGCGCGACGUUUCCCGCUCCGUCCGUCAGGAGGCUCGGCACCUUCGCGACCAGAGCAACAAUCAGACCAAAUGGGACCAACAUGACAGCAACACGAGGCUGGAGGAGCGCAUGAGCUCGGUGCAGCGCUGGGUGGAGCGGCUGCAGCACACCUUGGAUGACACCGACACCGAGAUCAAUGCUCUCGCCAAGACCAAGGAUGAUGCGGAGCGUGCACUGCAGGCGAAGGCGGUGCCGCUGCAGGUGGCGACGGAGUGCCUGUUCCUGCGCGACGCGCGUCGCGGCGUCGACCUUGUGCAUGACCCCGUGGAGCACGAGCUGCACCGCGAGGUCAAGACCAUCGAGAGAGCCAAGGAGGCGCUCACGCGACGCAUCAACGAUGCCUUCCUGCAACUGUGUCAGCUGCAGGAGGCUCGGCAACAGCUGCAGGGGGAUGUGCGCGACAAGGAAGAGGCUUUGGAGAUCGACAGCACGUGCCGGGCACUGAACAACGCCUCGGCCACCAUUUCCCUCAAACCCAACCCCAUGCGCGUACCCAAGGGGUCAUCGUCUCCGCAGACGUGGGACGAGUACAGCCGUAGGAAUGUGGAGCGGGCCAUGGCGGAGAUGCGUGCCUCGUCUGUGCUGCGAGAGGCCAUCACCGCGACAAUCGCCCAGACGACAAAUGAGCUGGAGGCGCAGAAGAACAGCACCGAUUUUGCGUUCCGCAAGCGCUCGCACGAACUCGACAAGGUCAAGGCUGAGCUGGAGUGGCAGAAGAAGAACAACAAGCAGGAGAUUUCGGUGCUGGAGGGUGACAUCGCACACUUGGAAGCAGAUGUUCGUGCUAAGAUGUUGCCACUGAAGGUGGCACACACGCGCUUGGAGACGCGCACUUACCGCUCUGGGGUCGAAUUAUGUCGUGAUGAGCCUCAGUAUGGCAUCACCACUGAAGUUCAUCAAAUUGAAGCCACCAUCGCCGCAUUGAAGAAGAAGCUGGCUGAUUCCUACAACGCACUCACGGGCCUGCGCUGCAGCCUGGAGCGCGUGGAGAGGGACCUCGCCAGCAAGGUGUUGGCGCUGGGGCUGGAGCGCCGCUGUAUGGAUGUGCGUCGCAAACUGACCGUGUCGGCGGAACGAGCGCAGCCGCUCGGUGACUCCUUCACCCGCGCCAUCACCAACGGCCGCAUCCCUGCAACACUCGUGUCCCCGCGUGGCAUUGCCGAGAAGCAGCUGGAGCUGGCGUAAUUAGGUGGCAGUGGCGGUGGUGACGGUGGUGUUCGGGUGGGAAGGGUGGUGUUAGUGGCAGCGGUGGUGGUGGUGACGGUGGUAUUGGGGUGGGAAGGGUGGUGUUAGUGGCAGCAGCGGUUGUGGUGGUGGUGAUGGUGUUCGGGUGGGAAGGGUGGUGUUAGUGGCAGCAGCGGUUGUGGUGGUGGUGACGGUGGUGUUGGGGUGGGAAGGGUGGUGUUAGUGGCAGCAGCGGUGGUGGUGGUGACGGUGGUGUUGGGGUGGGAAGGGUGGUGUUAGUGGCAGCAGUGGUGGUGGUGACGGUGGUGUUGGGGUGGGAAGGGUGGUGUUAGUGGCAGCAGCGGUUGUGGUGGUGGUGACGGUGGUGUUGGGGUGGGAAGGGUGGUGUUAGUGGCUGCAGCGGUUGUGGUGGUGGUGUUGGGGUGGGAAGGGUGGUGUUAGUGGCAGCAGCAGUUGUGGUGGUGGUGGUGUUGGGGUGGGAAGGGUGGUGUUAGUGGCAGCAGCGGUGGUGGUGGUGGUGGUAACGGUGGUGUUGGGGUGGGAAGGGUGGUGUUAGUGGCAGCAGCAGGUGGGGUGGGAAGGGUGGUGUUAGUGGCAGCAGCAGCGGUUGUGGUGGUGGUGGUGGUGACGGUGGGAAGGGUGGUGUUAGUGGCAGCAGCGAUUGUGGUGGUGGCGAUGAUGAUGGAGGUGGUGGUAGUGGUGGAGGCAGUACUGAUGGUGUUGGCAGCAGCAGUGGUGGAGGUGGGAGCGGUGGUGGUGGUAGCAGUUCAGCAUCCUCCCUGCUGCACCUCCAAUUAGCACGGUUGGCUACGUACGGUGCGAAAGAAGUUCAACAUAGAUACAUACACAGUUUUCUUUAGGCAUCACGUUGCCAAUGCCUCAUUUACAUCAGGCUAUAUAUAUUCACUUGAUCUUCAAUGUAUUUGAGAAGAAUGUCAGUCUCCAUCAGCAGCAACAUAAAGGCGAUGUGUUUCAGCUGUUUUGGCAAGAUGUAAAUCCUGCCGGUGAUCUCUACCUGAUCCAUCAACCCCGCUUCCACGUCACUGACAGUCGUGCAUAAUCACCACAACACGGUCCGGUGCUGAGAUGUUUCUCUUAAACUUCUAGACUGAAAUAGAUGUAUUGAUCAUAGCGAAAUGUUUUCAGUUUGAAAAUGUUAGAUUGUUGCUGUGUAUGCACUGCGAUGUCGCAUUUUGUGCACUUUUGUCGUGUACAACUUUAAUUGCACCUUCACUUUGCUUUAUUGAUUGAUGUCCUUAAUCAGAUGUGUGUGUUCAGAUCCCUUAUUUCUUUUGCAGAGACCAGAGAAAGCACAGUUGUGCAGUAAGAUAUUAAUAUCACAGAAAAAAAAAAAUGUUUGGCUAUUUCCAGGAUAAGUUCAUGGCCAUUUACUAAAUUGACAAUUUAAAUUAUUACUCAAUGAUCUGCCUCUUUAAUCCAAGCAUGUGUUGUUGUCAUGUUUAAGCCAUUAUGGUUACAAUAAAGGAACCAAAAUACACUUGAUUCACAAAUCUGACAAAGAUCUGAUCACACUUUAAUUAUGUCUUACUUUAAAAGAUCAUGUAUUUUAAUUAUCAUACAUUCAAAUUGUUGAGCAAUGUGACCCCCAAUAUAGAUUAAAAAAAAUAAUGCUUAAAUAUAGGUACAGUACAUGCAUUAAGAAUUUAACUUGUGUGAGUUUUAACUUCUAGGUUUACUUUUUAUUUGUUUGAGAUCUCACAGAAAUACAUAUAAGAAAAUAAUUUGCUUAAAGUAUUUUAUUUGAUCACAUGGCUGUGAAAUUUUACCUGUGACCGAAAGCAUGCUGAAUUGAUGUUGGCUUGUAUAGUUUGGACACUUGAUGUUUGUAUCCACAUGUUCAUGUUCAUUCCCAAUACUGCAAGCUUAGCAGGUUGGCCAUUAACUGGCACGACUGAGAAGGUUUUAAGGCAUUGUACAUUAUCCAUUUUAUGAUUCUUUAGGCUAGGAUUGCCACGUGUCUAGGUUUGAUUUGAACAGUCCAGGAAUUGGCAUUUAUGUUCAGGUGGCAAAAUUUUUUUUUUUAGAUCUGGUAAAUUGUGUUGAACUUUAUGCAUUUAUUCUAGAUUUGAAGCUUUCGUGACUGCAAGGAUUCAUAUUCUUAGGUUUUUUCGGUAAAGUCACGUAGGUAAAACAUCAAAAUUAAUGAAAAUAAAAUAAAAUAAAAAUCACGACGUUUCGGAGGCAACACAAGUCUCCGUCAUCAGGUGGGACCGUCACAGCCGGAUUAGCUGCAUCACUUCAUUAAUUUUGAUGUUUUACCUACGUGACUUUACCGAAAAAACCUAAGAAUAUUUAUGCAUUUAUUCAGUAUUGUACUGCAAAGUUUUAAUAGACCUAGGCUGAAUGAGACAUGUGGGCACCUGUGGGCUUAAAUAAAUUACUUUUACCUGGGCGUAGUGAUAUACAUUCAAUAAUAUGGUUGCUGAAAAAGUUUAACUUGGACUCAUAAUGUGUAUCUACUUUCAACGGUCUGAAAGAAUACUGAUGGAACAUCCAGUGCUGUAUUGAGGGAAGGGGUUUGUUUAUGCCUUGAGAAAUAAUUGGUAUUGUAGAACCAUGGAUCAAGAGGUGUUGCUCACAUACAUUUUAGGUUGGGGUGACAUUUUUCCUUAACCACAGCAGUCUGACAAAAUGACCCAUAAUGCACCCAAUCUCAUAUUCUUGGUUCUUUCGGUAAAGUCACGUAGAAGGGAAAUAAUAGAAAUAUUAAACAAUAAAAAUUAUCACGACGUUUCAACUACAACACAAGCAAUCAUCAUCAGGUGUGAAAUCCAAUCUCGUUAGAUCUUGGAAGCUGUGUAGGCAUGAGCCUGGAUAGUGCUUGGUCAACCACCACACUUUUGGGCAGUGCAACAAAGGUUAUUGUUUUUCUAUACUAUGCUUCAACGUCGAAGCUCCUUCCCUGCCUUGACCAACCCGCACUGACCAGCAAUAACAACUCCACAAUGCGCGAGAACGUACUCAACCAGUGGUUGAAGAAAGGGCUGUACCGGAAGUUAGUCGCCUCAACAGUCUUCUAUCCCUCCAACCAUGGUGACUUUCUGGGAUUGUUUUCAUGAACGCUUCCAUUCAUGUAGACUGGAAGCACAUGGGCUAGCGAGUGAGUUCCCCACACGCAUGGGCAAGUGAAUUCAUCAUACACAUGGGUGACUUGAGUUUUGAUUCCAACGAUUCCAAGCAGGUUGGUGGUCCAGAACUCACCAAUUUACUUGAGUCAUUCACUCAUUGGCAGUCAGUUGCCUCCUUAUCAUACUGCUAUCACUUGUACCAUCGCUAGUUUCUGUAAACUUUACUCGUUGAUUCCUCCAUUUUGAGGACACGGUCUAGCAGACUGUUUCAUCUCAUCCACGAUUUUUCGAUUUAAAGCUUUCGUGACUGCAGGGAUUCAUCUUCUUGGUUCUUUCGGUAAAGUCACGUAGAAGGGAAAUAAUAAAAAUAAAACAAUAAAAUUCUCACGACGUUUCGGCCACAACGCAAGCAGCCGUCCUCAGGUGAAGAACAGGUCUGUCGGAAAGACAGACCACGUCUGCAGGUCAUAACGUUUUUCUUUCUGCUCCUUCCCUCACACGGAUCUACUUUAGGACUCUCCCAUCGCAUCUUUUCCCAAAUUAUGAUGACCUUGCUCAAUUUACAAACCUGUCAAAUAUAAUCUGUUACAACCUACCAUCUAAUGGUGAUGUUUGUUGCUGCCCGUUUGGCGUCUUGGGCUUGUGCUCAGCAACCGUGGUUAAAACAAACACGAGGUGGCCAGAGACCAGAGUCGAUGCGUCAGCUUUUGUUCUCUAUUCUCCAUUACGGGUGUCACUGCAAGCAUCUUAGCCGCACUAAUCGGCUCCUCGACGGUAACGUUCUCGACCUGGUAACACCGUA